GCCGGGGUGGGGGGCGGGACGCGCGCUGAGCGGAGGCGCCGGCGCUCGGCCCCGCUCAUGGCCAAGCGGCGCGCGGAGCCGCUGGUGUGUCACGUGCCCUUCAAGCGGCCCCUGCGCGAGCCGCCACCGCCGCCACCGCCCCGCUCCGCCGCCCCCGAGCGGCGACCCAGAGGCGAAGCGGCCGCCGCCGGCCCCGCCGCGCCCAAACGGAAGCUGGAGGAGGUGGAGGCGCCGCCGGGGAAGCGGCCUGGGCCCCGCGCCGAGCAGGGGGACGUGGCGAGCAGGCGGCGGCGACGCGGCGGGGCCGCGGCCGCCCUGGAGGAGCGGGCGGCGAAGGGAGGCGGCGCGGGGCGCGCGGCCGAGCAAGAAGAAGAUUUCUGUCAGUAUAAUUCAUUCUUGUAUUGGAGAGCACCGUUGCCUACUAUUGAUAUGUCUGAUAUUCAGAACCUAGAUGGAGAGACUCCACCAGAAGCUAAAACUUCAAGGACUGAUACCAUGGAUACUGAGAUGGAGACCUAAUGAAUUGUUUCACAGUUGUGCAUCUGCUUGCAGGAAAGUUGUUUCUGUUUGGAUUCAUUUUUCUACUUGAGAGAGAAAUAAGUUUGCUUCUGCCUUCUUGAAGAAACAAUGUUGUGUCAGUCUGCAAAAGGUUUAAGUUAUCUGCGUGAAUGGGAUACUCUCUGUCAGGCACUUACUGUUAAGCUGUCUGAAGGUGUACAGUGUGGAGAAGGCUGAUGUCUAGGAUGAAUGCUUGAAAAUGUGGAUGCAGGCUAAAAGAAGACUACAGAAAAUCAGUACUUCGGGAUACAAAUAAAAGAAGCAAGUGGAUAUGUUGAAAGAAAAGAGAAGAUAAUUUUGCCUGUCCUCAACAAUAACUCUGGUAGCUGAAAGUGAAAUGUUUAUCAUUGGAAUUUAUCGUAAAGCACACAAACUAGUGAUUGUUAAUGUGUGUGUGGGGGGGGUUGUGUAAUAGCUAAACCAAAAAAUAAGAACCUACCAAAACCAGACAAAACACUCCCCUUUCUAUGCAGACAAAACACAAGUGUUGCAGGGAGGGGGAAGGUAAAGGGGAUCUUUUCUUUUGUAAGUAGCCACCAUUCUGAUUUUCACAUUCUCCUUGUCUCCAUUUCACCUUCUUUUCACAUUAUCCAAAGCAGUGGGCAGCUUUUAGGUUUUUGGUCCAUUCUCAAAUUAAUGAUGUUCUUGUUUUUUUGUGAUGUUUGCUCUGGACAAAUCAGUAGCAUCAGAAUGGCAGGUGUGUGCAGAUGUAUCAAGAAAUGUUAAUGAAAAAUAAAAUUACCACAUAAACCUUUUUAGGCUUCACUGAGGCACAGUUUUUCCAGAGAAUACAGAUCUUGUGAAGAAUUUUUACAGACAUUCAUUGAAUUAGUGGGUUUUGCUGUGAAGUACAAACUUGAUCUUGUAUUUUGUAAUUUAUUUACAAUUCAGAGUACAAUUAGAAAUAUUUGUUUUUAAUAAUAGACUGAAGUUGUAUGGGCAGACUGUCAGACUUUGCAAAUGUCAUUUAUUCUCAAAGAUAGCAAGUGCUGUUUCUUUGCUGGAAUAACUGAAGGAGGCAACUUAGGAAUUUAUUAUUUUUUAAAAUAAUGUAUUUGCUAAAGGACAAUAAAAUUUU